CUUCGCCGCCGCAGAAGGUCGUCGCCCGCGUAUACUUGUGGCCAAGGUGGGUCAGGAUGGACACGAUCGUGGAGCCAAAGUCGUCGCCUCCGGCUUCUCCGAUCUCGGCUACGAUGUCGAUGUCGGACCCCUUUUCGCUACUCCAGAGGAAGCUGCCCAGCAAGCCGUCGAUGCUGAUGUUCACGCCGUUGGAAUCAGUUCCCUGGCCGCCGGCCACAAAACUCUCGUCCCAGCACUAGUCAAGGCUUUGAAAGACCAUGGCCGCAG